GAGCCUUAUAACAGAUUACACUCGUUAAUCAUUAAUUACUUCAUUUUUAAUUAAUUCCUUAACUAAUUCCUUAACUAAUUUCUCUUUAUUGCUACAGAGAACAAAAAAACAAAAAAACCGCGUCCAUUGCCAUUAGCAAUUAUAAACUUUGGGCAAAGACAUUUAAAUAAUUUUCAUUUAUCCUGAUCGAGAGAUUGGAGAUUUAAGAAAGGAGACACUUCAAAAUGUUUAAAAACAUCAAGAACUUUAUCCGUCAGGGCAAACAAGCCCAUGAACUGGCUGUGGAUGUUCCCUUCGAUGCUAGUGAGUUCCAAGUGGACUCCAAGAUGAUGGAGCAAGUCCAUGCUGAAAGUUUGAGUGAUAAUAGUAAUGAAACUAUAAUACAAGACAAGAAGAAGAAUUAUUACAAUUAUAACGAUCUAGCUAGUGAAUUAGUUAAGGAAGAGUUGAAAUUACAGAAGAACAAUAGUAAUCAAUAUAAAGGUUUGGAACAUUAUAAAAUCAUUGAUAAAUUAGGCGAAGGUGCCUUUUCCAUUGUGGUUAAAGCUUUGAAUUUAUUAACUAAUGAAUUAGUUGCUAUCAAGAUUAUUAAAAAAUUACAAUUGGAUAAUAAUCAAAAAAAAUCUGUUUUAAAAGAAGCUACAAUAAUGAGACAAUUAAAUCAUGAUAAUAUUGUUAAAUUUAUUGAAUUUAAAGAAGUUGAAGAAUUUUAUUAUAUUAUUCAAGAAUUAGUUCCAGGAGGUGAAAUUUUUAAUGAAAUUGUUAAAUUUACUUAUUUUUCUGAAGAUUUAGCAAGACAUGUUAUAAAACAAGUUGGGUUAUCAAUUCGUUAUUUACAUGAAGAAAUUGGUGUUGUUCAUCGUGAUAUUAAACCUGAAAAUUUAUUAUUUCAACCAAUCCCAAUCAUACCUUCCAAGCAACGAAAAUUAAGGAAAUCUGAUGAUCCAAAUAGUAAAGUUGAUGAAGGUGAAUUUUUAAAUGGUGUUGGAGGUGGUGGUAUUGGGUUAGUUAAAUUGGCUGAUUUUGGAUUAUCAAAACAAAUUUGGUUUGAUGAAACUAAAACCCCCUGUGGUACUGUUGGAUAUACUGCUCCGGAAAUUGUUAAAGAUGAACAUUAUUCCAAGGAAGUUGAUAUGUGGGCUAUUGGUUGUGUUUUAUAUACAUUAUUAUGUGGAUUCCCACCUUUUUAUGAUGAAAAAAUUGAUGUAUUAACUGAAAAAGUUGCAAGAGGUGAUUAUAAAUUUUUACAACCUUGGUGGGAUGAAAUUAGUUCUGGUGCUAAAAAUUGUGUUAAAAAUUUAUUAACUGUGGAUCCAAAUAAAAGAUAUACUAUUGAUGAAUUUUUAAAUGAUCCUUGGUUGAAUAAAGUUGAAUUUAAAAGACCUAAAAAGACUAUUUAUUCAAAUUUCAAAAGAACUGAACCUGUUUAUUCUCCUGCUGCUAGAGCUAUGAAGGAUGCUUUUGAUAUAAGUAAUGCUGUUCAUAGAAUUGGUGAAGAAAAAUUAUUAAAUGAUAAAAAAUUUCAAAAAAAUAAAUUAAAUACUGAACAAAUUAUGGAGGAAGAAGAAGAUGAAAUAAUGGAUGCUGGUUCUCCAAAACAUGGAGAUUUAGAAACAAGAUCGGGUCGUUAUAUUCAACAAGUUGAUUUAUCAAAUAAUAAAAACCAAGAUCAACAACAACAACAACAUCGUCGUCAUCAUAAUCAUCAUAAUCAUAUUGAAGAAAGUUCAAAUCCAUUUGAAUUAAGUUUAGAUACUUCCACUAUUAUAAAUAGAAGAAAAAAUAAACUUACAAGUUAGAAACAAGAAAUCAAAAAAACAAAACAAAAGGGUUAUAUAUAUUACAAGGUGUUGGUGUGCUUUUU